CGAUGCUAAAUAAAACUUGAACAGGGGCGUGCCGAUGGAGACGCACAAGAAUGACAUCGGUGUAUGUGUGAUUUGCUAUGGCGACCGAGAAACCAAUCGAUUGCAAUCCAUCGUCUUCUCCUUCACAAGACCGUCCCGUUCGCGUGUACGCCGAUGGCAUCUACGACCUUUUCCACUUCGGCCAUGCCCGUUCCCUCGAGCAAGCCAAGAUAUCGUUUCCAAAUACCUACUUGCUUGUUGGAUGUUGCAACGAUGAAGUCACCCAUAAAUACAAGGGAAAAACUGUUAUGACAGAGGCUGAACGUUAUGAAUCGCUUCGGCACUGCAAGUGGGUGGAUGAAGUCAUUCCAGAUGCACCAUGGGUUAUGACCCAAGAAUUUAUUGACAAGCACAAAAUCGACUAUGUGGCUCAUGAUGCUCUUCCCUAUGCUGAUGUCAGUGGGGCUGGGAACGAUGUUUAUGAAUAUGUUAAAUCCAUCGGGAAAUUUAAAGAAACAAAACGUACGGAGGGAAUAUCUACAUCAGAUAUUAUAAUGAGAAUUGUCAAAGAUUAUAACAACUAUGUUUUGCGUAACUUGGAUCGUGGGUACUCAAGGAAGGACCUCGGUGUGAGCUAUGUGAAGGAAAAGCGAUUGAGGGUGAAUAGGAGGCUUAAGAACCUUCAAGAGAAAGUAAAGGAACAGCAAGAAAAAGUUGGUGAAAAGAUCCAAAGUGUUGCGAAGACUGCGACGAUGCAUAGAUAUGAGUGGUUGGAAGAUGCUGAUCGCUGGGUUGCUGGAUUUCUGGAGAGGUUUGAAGAAGGUUGCUACAAGAUGGGCACAGCAAUCAGGGAUCAAAUUCAAGAGAGGUUAAGUGGUCAACAACCACGGGACAGCUCACCUCUGCAGCAAAGUGGGAAAACUGAUGAUGAGGACGGUGAAGAGUGUUAUUAUGAUGAUUAUGGUGAAGAGUUUUGUUUUGCUGAUGAUGGUGAAGAGUAUUAUUAUGAAGGAGGGGAUGACAGUGAUGAAGAAUAUUUUGUUGAGAGUUGCUAUACUAGCGAUGAAGAAUAUUAUGUUGAAAGUUGCGAUGAAGAGUACCUUAAUAACGUGAAAGACGAAAAAGAAAAGUAGGUUUACUGUGAUGAAACUGUUGAAUCCAUGUCAAAAUGUGCACUGAUGGAUGAUGAUGCAACAUAUUUUAACAGAGUAGUAUUUAGUUAUUAUCAUUUUAUCCACAAGAAACUGAAGCAUGUAAAUUGUUGGUGGUAUUUUUGUGCAGAAUCAUGGGUCAAGAGCAUCUGCAUUGAACUUGUGGUCGUGAGUACUCUCGUGGUUAGUGAGUUAGGAUGGCGAAAAUACCGCGGAUUUUUGUCAUAGAUCACUUGAUGUUGCUCAUCAACAUCUGAAGGGUCUGAAUUUCUCUAGACUCAGCUUUUUAUAAAUAUUAUGUUGCUAGUUUUAAAGU